AUGGGAGCCGUUGUAUCUUGCAUCCAAUCCUUAUGCCGCACCAUCGGUUCGGUGCUAAUGGCCAUUGUCAAUGGCAUUGCAUCCAUCCUCCAAGCUAUCGUUUCAGGAAUUGCAUCCUUCUUUAACAUCCUCAUCUCAUGCCUCACCUGCGGAAAAGCUGGACGAAGACGUGGCGGCGGAACGACGACAAGUCGAGUAUAA